AUGCAAACCCGAGGCCACCACUGCUCUGCCAACUGGCCGCAGCCCACUGUGGGUGCCAGGCUCUUCUCCAGGGGCCAGACUGGUGACAUCCUGAAAAUCAAUGACAAACUACAAGAGAUCCAGCAAUCCCAGUCUUUCCUACAGAUCAAAAAUCAGCUUCUGGAUACCACAAACUUGUUGCAAAGUCCCUUGUCUUUGCUGACAGCAAAUGGAAUUCAGCUGAAAAUCACCGACAUUGCCAUGCUGGGUAUUAAACCUGAGUUGUCUGCCAACGGCAAAGACCUUCAGCUGCGAGUCCCACUUACUGCCAAAGUAUCUGUGGUCCUGCCUCUCCUUAAGCAGGUGUUGGACUUGUCAACCACUGUGGAUCUUGUGGGCGGACUCGCAAUUGAAAAGGAUCCCCAGACCCAACAGCUGAAGGUAGCCUUGUCAAAAUGCUCCAUUGACUUAGACAAACUCUCCAUCUCCUUACUGAACAGAAGAAUCUGGCUGCUCAACAACUUACUGGAUGUGACCUCUGGUGUCCUGAGGACAGGAGUGUCCUUCCUGCUGCAAAAUCUUGUGUGCCCACUGAUCCAGACCCUGGUCAACAGUCUGAACUUGUCUCUCGGUUCUGACAUUCUGAGUGGACACAACACCUCUGACAUUCAGAUUCGCAUCAUCUCUAGUGUUAACUCUGCCUGA